AUGGUCUCAAAAAAUCCCAAGACGACUGUGAUUCGCCCUCCUAUACUACCGACCAAUACGCGUAAAUCCACCAGGCGAUCUACGAUCUUAUCCUCCCCUCAGAUUGAUAAUAAUGGGUUAUCACGUGUACCUACCUCGGGAAGUGUACAUACGAGGAAUGCCUUGGUAAGGAUGGCGACUCACGAGACUGGUGAAUAUUACCCUGAAGAUCAAGAACAAGAUCGAGACGACGACGAUGGUCUACAUACCCAUGAUGAACAUGAACAUGAAGAUGGAUCGCCCACUCAUUCUCGUAGGAAUAGUGAUCAGCCUACCUCGUCCAACCAUCCGAAUGGUCUAGACGGAGAUCCCAUAGAUGAAGAAAAGAAAAUUGAAGGUCAAAAGUCAAGAUUCGGGAAGAAGAAAGAAAUUGAAUUACAGGAUCAGACAAAUCUUUUACCCGUCAGACAGGUGAUAGCUGUGUUUGCCGGUUUGACAUGUGCUUUGUUCUGUUCAUUAUUGGAUCAGACCAUUGUUACCACCGCACUGCCUACCCUCGGUAAAGUCUUCAAUCGAGCUGAUAUCAGUUCUUGGGUCGGAACUGCCUAUCUGUUGACAUCCACUACCGCUCAACCGAUCUAUGGUCGGGUCUCCGAUAUUUUCGGUCGGAAGUUCACCCUACUCGCGUGCUUGUUUAUCUUCUUGAUGGGUUCUUUGGCAUGCGCACUGGCUCAGUCAAUGAUCCAGUUGAUCAUAUUCAGAGCCAUUCAGGGUAUUGGAGGUGGAGGUAUCUUGACUCUGUCCAUGAUCAUCAUCUCCGAUGUUGUCUCAAUCAAGGAGAGAGGAAAAUACCAAGGUAUAACUGGUGUCGUUGUCGCUCUUGCGAACUCGUGUGGACCCAUUUUGGGAGGAGUGUUCACUGAAAAAGCAUCCUGGAGAUGGUGCUUUUAUAUCAAUCUACCUCUCACGGCCCUAGCCAUGGUGAUCAUCGUCUUCCUCCUUCCACUCCGCAGAGUCAGAGGAUCGAUAUGGGGAAAAUUGAAAAAACUCGAUUUUUACGGUUCUCUGUUAACGCUCGGCUGGGCAUCCUUGAUCCUCAUCGCACUGUCUUGGGGAGGUUCUCAAUACGCUUGGUCCUCAGCUGCUGUCCUCGCUCCCUUACUCAUCGGACUGGCAUUGCUUGGUGUUUUCCUGAUCGUCGAAUGGAAAGUCGUUAGUCUACCUCUAGUGCCAAUGCGGAUCUUCAAAAACGUCUCUGUCGCUGCAUGCUACGCCACAACGUUGUUCAAUGGGAUGGCAUUCUACGCCUCGCUCUAUUACCUACCGCAGUACUUUCAAGUCGUCAGAGAAGUGUCCGCUAUUCGAUCUGGUGUACUGACCUUACCUCUGAUGUUGGUCCAGACCUGUACGGCAUUCACGGCGGGUAUCAUUCAGUCCAAGACUGGCGAUUACUGGUGGAACUUGGUCAUUGGAUUUGCAAUUUGGACGGUUGGUCUGGGUUUGUUGUCAAGCAUCAAACCCGAUACUUCCGAAGCGCAAUUGGCGAUCUAUCAAGUUAUCACUGGUAUUGGUGCCGGACAGACUUUCCAGACUUCCCUGGUAGCAAUCCAAUCCGGGGUAUCCAGAGCUGAUAUGGCUACUGCGACCGGAUUACGAAAUGCUUGUCGAAUGUUGGGAGGGACAAUUGCCCUGGCAGUCGGGAAUGCAAUCGUCAACAAUAGAGUCAAACAUGAGAUCAGCGGUAGCUUGAACGAUGAUCAGUUGAAUACUAUUCUAGCGGACCCGACAUUGGUGAAAGACUUGAAUUUAACGCAGGACCAGGUGAACUCGGUCAUUCAAGCUUAUUCCAAAGGUAUCAACGGGGUAUUCUAUUUCACCACCCCUGUCAUCGGUCUUUCAUUGAUUAUAACUCUAUUAUUCGUCAAAAAUGUUAAAUUGAAGAAGAGUGAAGACGAGGCAGCCAAGAAAGCGGAAGCGAAAGCUUGGAUCGAAAGUAAAAAAGCUAAGAGAGCCGCUAAGAAGGGUCAUCACGUUCAGGAUGAGCCAGAGGAUCAGAAGGAGGAGAAUGAUACGACCGCUGGGAACCCACCAGGAAAGACUAGAGAUCGAGCGGAUAGCGAAGAGACUGUCACUGAGGCUUCCCAUUCAGAUGGUGAAGGGAUAAAGGAGGAGCUAAAAGAUGCAGGUAGGAAAGAAGCUGAAGCGAUGGCUGGUCCGGAGACAAAAGCUUAG